GACACUCUCUCUGGCUUGGACCAUGAGCAAUGAGUCUAGCAUAUGGACAAACCAGAACAGAACUUACCCCACCGAUGUCCCGCUGUCAUCAGGGACACAGAAUGGCUAUGUCCUCCUGCUGGUCCUCUUGUCCAUCUUUGUCGGGGGGACACUGGUCCUGCUCUCUGUCCUUCUGAUUGUCUGUCGCCGUUGUUGUGAAGGGGACAGACGCCAUGCAUGGUUCAUUGUUUGCCUCAGGGCUAGCGAUGACACCGAGAAAAGUAAUACCAGCUAUAUUGAGGAGGGCCAGCCAGUGCACGAGAUUACGAUUCGCAUCGAUGAGUCAGAUUGCCUGUCGGCAGGCAGCUCCCACGACAUGGAGACAGAGCGUUUCCUCUCCACGGGCACAACCGGCCGCCGGGUCUCCUUCAACGAAGCAGCGCUCUUCGAUCACAGCAAGAAAACACAGGAGAAGGGUCGAAGGUACACGCUUACGGAGGGCGACUUCCAUCACUUGAAGAACGCACGGCUCACCCACCUCCACCUCCCUCCACCCGCCCUCCAGAUACUCACCAUCCACGAGUGUGAGUCAUCAGAGAACAGUAUUGCCAUGACAACGCGCCCCGUCGCUAAAUCCAGCCUCUCAAUUUUUCAGCCACCAGUAUUUUCCCUGCCCCAGACUGCCCUGACCAGCCGGAGUCUCAGUCCCAGCUCUGCCCUUCCUGGCGACGCUCUCAAUUCCACUGUGGACACGACGUUCUUUGAGAGCAUCACAGUGGCCGGUCCUGAGCUGUCCAGCCCGUGUCUAAUGGAGGUCAGAGGAGGAGUCAGGAGGAGCACAGGCAUCAUGGGUAACGGUAGAGAGUGUGCGUCGGCCUCAUCCAUGGCCCUGUCCUCCUCUGGCGGGGCCCCACAGGGCCCCAUGCUGCAGUUCUUCACCAAGCUCCGCCGACACGCUAGCCUGGAGGGAGCGAGUCCCUACUUCAAGAUCAAGAAGUGGAAGUUCGACAGCAGCCAGAGAGCUUCAAGUCUAGACAUGAGAGGUUCCCCCAAGCGGAGGCAGUUCCAGCGGCAGCGUGCAGCCAGCGAGAGCAUGGACCAGGAUGAGCAUGACGGCCAUCACAUCGACCUCAUCCAGUACAUUGCUCGCACCAAGGAUGUCACCUACUGCCCCACUCGGACUAGUCCACGUCUUCUCUCCCCCCCUUCCACACCCCCACCCUCCCUCGGCAGGUUAGAGGUGGAGGUGAUGGUGGAGCCCAGCUGCAGCAGAGCGAUGGGUCCCGGGGUGAUCGGCCUCACCUCUGAGCCCCCGCAAGAGAGUCUUGGAAUGGGCUACCAUCAGGAGAGCUUAGAACCUCAGACCUUGUACUGUGAUAUCUGGACUCUUCGAGCCUCUCUCGAGCGGUAUGUCUCGUCCGACCAGAGCAGCAACAACGACAAAGACUCCGUCCGUAGUGACGCAGACAGCGUGUGCUCUUUAGGGGGUAAGACCGAGAUGGGAGGGCUGCCUAGGUACCCCUCGCAGGAUAUUGGGGAUGAGAUGGAGGGGGAUGCGAACUUGCCUCAAGAUGAGGGAUCGGAGAAAGGUCGCAAACAAGAUAGUGUCGAUUCUGAAAGGGGAAGUGACGGGGAGACAGGAAACCGCAAGCUGCUCCAAAUGGACAGCGGUUAUGCCUCGAUAGAAGCACCUUCACGUGCUCCCGAGGAGUUGCGACUGUUAGGUAGCAGCAGUAGCAGUAAGGACGGCUCUGCCGUGGAGCGCAGGCACUUCUUCAGUUCUGGUCGCAAAGGGACCGUGUGCGAGAGCUUCGACACGGACAUCUUCGACGAAGAACUCGAAGAGGAACCCGCGGGUGCCAGCGGUGGUGUGGAUGGAGUGGAAACGGACGAGAGCACCAUGCUGUGGUCCCCCUAUAGCCAGAUGUUCACUCAACACGACGUUCAACCUCAUCCCCCCGUCCUUUCCCGGCGUGACUACAGCAUCGAUGAGAAAACCGACGCACUUUUCCACGAGUUCUUGCGGCACGACCCGCUGUUCGAUCAGCAGGAGUCUCCACUGCACUCCAAGCAUCGUUCCCGGGUGCACCUGCGUAAGCAGUGGCAGCGCUCCAAACAGUACAGCGAUCCCGGCCAGCGCUUCCAAUCCUCUUUUGACCGGUACCGCACUCCUCUCCGACGUGGCGAAACUGUCAACUACCCUCUAGAGACUAGCUACCACAGCACGCUCCCACGAAUCAUUAGUGCACCUGACGAAGAGAGCAGCGAAGGUGCAACCAGUACACCCGAGACACCCAAGGCAGAUCAGGAUACCGCUACUGAUGUGGAUCCUGACAAGAUAAGAAUAUCUUCCAGCACCGAAAGCGGCGGAACCAUCAAUGAAAAGGAAGCCCUCGAGGCAUCGCAGCCCCCUCCAAUGACUGACAUUUCUGGAGAGCAAUCGGUGGGCCAGGAGAACUCUAGGCAAACAUUGCCACUGCCUGAGCCUCCUGAUGAACAUACACCCAAAUGUACAAGCUAUGGCCCACAGACAAUCACAGAAGAGCUGAGAGACAAGCUAGCGGCAACACUCGAAGAGCGGCUGUACUCGGAUCUCCGCAGGACCAGGGAACCACCCGAGUGUAGUGCAGUGACUGUGACCUACACAUCGCCCGAUCACAGUCCAGUGUAGCAUGUGGCUCCCUUCAUCUCCUCGUGCAAGAACACUUCGCGGCAACUACAGGUCCAAAGUUUUGAUCGACAUUGGCUCUGACAUUGGACAUUUGCUUUGGUCAUUUAAAUGGCGUUGAAAUCAUUCUCAUUAUGUCCUAGACCAGUGGUGUAGAGACAUUUCUUCCAUGCUCAGUGUUGAAUAAAUGGCAAUUAAGGCUCAUACCUCAUGUUGCUCAAUGCACCAAGUCUUAAACAAAUGAAAUGUCAAAGUCUGUUAUUAUAGCUCUCCAUUUAGCUAUUUGUUGACUUCAAAAGCCAAUAUUUUCUCUGCACUAGGUAAUCCACUGUGAAAUUGGGUGCUAUUAGAUUAAAGAUUGAUUAUAUUUGUAAUUGCAUGAAUUAUAUUGCAAUGCUGCCUAUCCGGAUGUCUGUUCAUGACCCAAAUCAAUAUUAUUUUCUUUUACUUAUUUUUAAAUGUACAAGCUAGCCCUCCAUUCGGUUAUUAUGUUUUGUUUCUGAAGUUGUAAAAUACUCAGUACUACUUAUUAUUAGCAU